AUCUACCUUCUUAUUGGAUCCUGAAACACGUGACUCUUGUUCUCAGCGUCCCUGGAACGAUGUUGCUGAGUUUCAGUCUAACCUAAAAACUUGCACCAUCUGAAACGGCAAGAAACAAUCGUUUGUUGUUUUGACGUUUUCUAUUCGAAAGACUUUAUCUUGGUUUAUAGAAAAAAAUGCUGCAUCUUAGACAGCUUGGAAUUCGAUUGGCUAGUACAUCAGCAGCUUCAGGAGCAACUAGAUCAGGGAAAUUAUUAGAUUCAGUUAUAAGGGUAGAUCAUGCUGGAGAAUUAGGAGCUGAUAGAAUAUAUGCUGGACAAAUGGCUGUUUUAGGUAGAACAUCUGUUGGUCCAACUAUUCAACAUAUGUGGGAUCAAGAAAAGAAACAUCGUGCAAAGUUUGAAGAGUUGAUUAGAAAAUAUCGUGUAAGACCCACUGUUCUAACACCUGUUUGGAACAUUGCUGGGUUUGUCCUUGGUGCUGGUACAGCACUUAUGGGAGAAAAAGCAGCUAUGGCUUGCACCGUAGCUGUUGAAACAGUGAUCACAGAGCAUUAUAACGAUCAAUUACGUGCAUUGAUGGAAAGUGAUGAAAAAGUACAUGAAGAAGUUUUAGAAGUAAUAAAAAAAUUUCGUGAUGAAGAACAAGAACAUCAUGACACUGGUCUAAAACAUGGUGCAGAACAAGCACCAUUCUAUCAAGCUUUAACAAAUGUUAUUAAAUUUGGUUGUAAAACUGCUAUAUCAAUAUCCAAAGUUAUAUAAAUUAUAUAAUUUGUUAAUAUAGUACAAAAGUGUAACUUUAAUAAAAUAUUUAUAAAUAUUAGUUUAGUUUUAAGUAAAUAAAAUAUCUGUUUUAUA